UCCGAGUCCAAAAGCACCAUAAAAACCCUUUUUGUGAGAGUUACAAAGAUGGUGGAGAAGAAGUGUAUGUAUUUAGAAACUAAGUUUAGUCUUAACGGGAAUUGGUGUUUCUUCUUCUUGUUUUAGUUUUGAUCUAAAGCCUCCUUUCUCUCUCGUUAGCUAAGGUCUCUAGGGCCCAUUCUAAAAUGGGUGAAAACAAGGGAGAAACAACCAAGAAACAACAACAACAGCAACUAUCUUCUUCUACUUCUCCUUCUCCGAAAGGCCCAAUUGAGGAAUCAACAGAACUAAGAUCUCUACAUCAUCAGCAGACAACUUCAGCUGUAGUUACUGGUGCUCCAUUCAUCCCUGCCCCUCUUUUUGUACCAAUUGGUGCAACUUCCUCUCCAUUUGAGCAACAUUUUGAGACAGUAAACCCCAAGAGAGCAAGAUACAGUAGUGCACAAUGGAAACUAUUGCCUUCAGCAUCUCAACAACAACAACCACCAACACAAGCUCAAAUGGCUACUGUUGUCUCAAGCGAGGCAACCCCAUCGCUAAUCACAAACCCUACCCAACAAAAACAACCUCGCACAACGGCAGAAGCUUCCUCUUCAGACACAAACUCAUCUCCUUUACGCUCACCUGUCCCGUCACUUUCUGCAGCUUCUGCCCAAGAAACAAGCAAGCCAGAAGGAGAACCACAUCAACAUCAAUUUAGGAAAGGAAAAUAUGUGAGCCCAGUUUGGAAACCCAAUGAGAUGUUAUGGCUAGCCAGGGCUUGGAGGUUCCAGUACCAAGGUGGUUCUGAUUUGACUUCAAGAGUUGAACAGCUGCCAGAAACCACUACUGGUCAAGUCACUAGUGGUGAUACAGCUAUUGCAGUCCAGUCAACAAGAGGGAAAACUAGAGCCGAUAAAGAUAGAGAAGUUGCAGAGUUUUUGAAUAGACAUGAUGUUCAUAGAGAUGCAAAAACUGCAGGUACUAAAUGGGAUAACAUGCUUGGGGAGUUUAGGAAGGUUUAUGAAUGGGAAAGAGGUGAUAAGAGAGAACAGAUGGGGAAGAGUUAUUUUAGACUUUCACCUUAUGAGAGAAAGGCACAUAGAUUACCUGCUUCGUUUGAUGAAGAAGUUUUUGAGGAGUUAUCUCAAUUUAUGGGUCCUAAAAUGAGAACUCAAAGCAGAGGACCUUCACUCAGUGGUUCUGGUGAUGAUAGCAGUAGGGGAACCUCUCUUGCUGCUGCAAGAGCUCUCCCUCCACCCCCUCCUUUCAAAGAGGAUGAUCUCUCACUCUCAGGAAGGACAAGACAACUGGUUUUGACAAGUGGAGGUGAAGCUUACUUUCAUGGUACAAGAGGGAGUUUACUAGGGUUUGAUACUGCCGUGGAUGCUGCGGCAGGCUCUUCUUCAUCUACGAAGGAGCUACGUAGAAUUGGUAAAGUAAGAAUGACAUGGGAAGAAUCGGUGAGUUUGUGGGGUGAAGAGGGAGAGCAUCAUAGAGGGAGAGUUAGGCUUCAAGGAUCAAGCUUUUUGAACGCAGAUGAACUUACUUUCUUUGAUGAUUCGAUGGUCGCUUGCACCAUGGAAGCAUUUGAAGAUGGUGCUCUUAAAGGUUUUUCUGUUGACAAAUUUGUUUCUGGACAACAAAUUAAAGUCUUUGGCAGAAGGAAGCCUUCUCCUUCAGCUUCUGUUACUCCUUCUGGUUUCACUGAAAGAGUUCAGCUUCCAUUAACUGAACCCUCAAUAAGAUUACCUCCAUGGGAAUUUCAGGAUCCAACAGAAUACUACGUGGGGUGUCUUAGAGUUCCACCAACAACACUUCCAAGUUUGUUUGAGCUUUCAUGGUACUUGCAAGAGCCACCUCCUGAAGAACUAAGAUUCCCACUUCGAAGAGACGUGUACAGGGACUUACCACAAGGCAAAGAACUCUUCUUCACAAUAUCCAACGAUCCCUUAGAUUGUAGAGGUAUUACUUAUGAUAUUUUAAGCUCAAUUAUCAGAACUAACCCUAGUAUAAGUGGAGCUACUUCCUCGAGUAGAGACUCUUUCAUUGGCGUUUGGGAUGAUUGCAUCAAUAGGAUCGUGUCCAAGUUUUGUUCUGUUGAGGUUGUUAUUGUUAGAAAACAACCCUCUUCACCAAUGGUCGAUACAUUGCAAGAUGAGUGGCCAAAUGUGACUGGAUUUGUUAGAAACUUUUGUUUGUGGAGAGGAGAAGAAACCGACCAAUUAAGGGAAGGUCAAGUCGAUCCCUCAUCAUCUAUAAUAGAGAAGCUUUUGUGGACUUACUUGGACCUCCCCUACAUUCUAGGCUACUACGCAGUUGGCUACUCGGUGACAUUUUGUGCAUUAUGUAGAUCACAGGAUCGUAUUAUUCGUACUGAUCUCUACUCUUUAGACCUUUCUUCACCAGUUGAGAGGCUGAAAGCUCUAGUCCCAUGUUAUAGAGUUGCUGGAUUAUUGCCAUUACUAGCUGAUCGUUGCUUCAACAACUUCAACAAUGGUGGUACUUACAAGCAAUUAGCUUUCAGUGAUUUUGAAAGAGUAGAUAUGGGUAAUGGAAACAUCAUGGAAAUGACGCCAAAUACAGUGACAAGAUUGUUCUCUAGCAGAAGAAAAUGGGCAGCGGUCAAAGAAAUAUACGACUGUUUGGACCAUAGAAUCCCACAUGCAGAAUUCAUCUACAGAUCAUCAGAAAAAGAUUUGGCUUUGGUUUUCAAGCCAAGAGGGCUUAAAUUCAAGCCAAACAAUUGCGAACAACUUGUUGAGGCACUGAAAUACGUGACCCAAGCUUUGGUAGCAUUACACGACUUAUCUUUCAUGCAUAGAGACCUGAGUUGGGACAAAGUGAUGCGAAGAAGCGACAGUGAAAACGAAUGGUUCCUUUCUGGCUUCGAUGAUGCUGUCGGGGCACCACAGCUAAACCCGGUACAUGGUAUCGGGGAGGCGCGUGGUAGACACGCUCCAGAGAUGGGAAGAGGGAUGCAUGGUGUGAAAGUGGAUGUGUGGGGUGUUGGUCACUUGGUGAGGACUUGUGGGUUAGGUCCAAAUGGGGUGCCAAAAAUACUUAGAGAGUUGCAAAAUAGGUGCUUAGACCAGAACCCAGAGCAGAGGCCUACUGCCGCCGAUUGUUAUCACCACUUGCUGCAGGUGCAGUCGUCUUUGCAGUCAUCUUCAUCUGGAGUUCCAUAUUGACCUUGAUUGAUUGAGAUGUGUAAGGGGUCACAUGUGUUUGUUCAUGUCACCAAAAAAAAAGAAAAAUUAUUUUUUAUAAGCCU